AUGCCGGCAAAACGUCUUUGCUUAGGGUUCUCUCUAUAUAUUGUGGAUGCUGCCGAUAGGGACGCGCUUCUCAUUGCGAAAGAAGAGCUCCAUGGACUCCUGGAGAAGCAGGUGCUUGAGGGAAUCCCGUUGCUCGUUCUGGGCAACAAAUCUGACCUUCCAGAUAAGCUUGCUGUGGACGAGCUGAUUGAAGCCCUAGACAUGAAGUCAAUCUCACACCGCGAGGUCAGCUGCUACGGAAUCAGUGCGAAAGAAGAAACAAACUUGGACGCCGUCUUGCAAUGGCUGAUCAAGAAAACGGCGCACUAA